GUGCAAACAAUAGUCGUCAAUCCCUUUGGGAGACAAGUCAUAUCAAUUAAUUAGUGCGAAGAAAAGGAUGAGGACCUUGACUUCCAUAGCAGACUUGUUUAAACCACUGAGAGAUUAGUUUUCGGAAACUAACAUGCCAUUUCUGAACCUUUGAAUCUCAAAGAUGGCCUUAUCCAAAUGGAUUGCCAUUGUUCUUUCUUACCUUACAACUACCACUAUAGUUCUUGCCCAUGUUUCAACUUCGGAAACUAAAUUAGCCACAGCAUCCUCACUAGAAUUAGAAGCACAAGCUCUUCUCCAUAGUGGUUGGUGGAGUAGCUAUAGGAAGGACAUUUCACAACGUUGUGAAUGGCCUGGUUUAUCAUGCAAUGGUGCUGGAAGCGUCACCAAAAUGGACGUUCGACUAUUUUUUGUUGAUGACAAAUUUGAAAAGUUAAAUUUCUCUUGCUUUCAAAACCUUGUCUAUCUUAAUGCAGCUUUCAAUGGAAUUAUAGGCAACAUUCCGCCUCAAAUAGGUGUGCUAUCAUCACUAAAAUUCCUCGAUUUGAGUUUCAAUAAUCUAAAUGGUUCAAUCCCUUCCACCCUAGGAAACUUAACCAAAUUGAAACAUUUGGAUUUAAGUCUCAACCAAAUAUAUGGGACACUCCCUCCAACUUUUGUUGGUUUGAUCGGUUUGGAAGUUUUGGAUGUCACUUCAAACAAGAUCAGUGGUUUCAUUCCAUCAGAAAUAGGUCACUUGAUGAAUUUGUCUAAAUUAGUUCUCACUGAUAAUAAGCUCAUAGGUCCAAUCCCUUCAUCGUUGUGUGAUUUAGUGAAUUUGAGCUAUUUGUUCCUAGAUUCUAAUCUUUUACAUGGUGCAAUCCCUCGUGGAAUAAGGAACAUGAAGAACUUGAUUGAAUUACAUCUCAGUAAUAACAACUUCAUGAGCCUGACUCUUUCAUCACUUACUAGUCUAUCCAAUUUGAGCAUUUUGUACCUCGACUCAAAUUUUUUACAUGGUCCAAUUCCUCAUGAAACAGGAAAUAUGAAGAAUUUGGUCGAGUUAAGUCUUGCUCAUAAUUGUUUAGAAAGUCCAUUACCCAAAGAAAUAAGGAAUUUGAAAGGUUUGAGAUACUUGAACCUCUCUAAAAACAAAUUGUCCGGACCUAUUCCGGAUCAAAUUGGGGUUUGCUCAAAUUUACGAGAAUUGUAUUUGGGAAACAACCAUGUUAUUGAUUUAAGCCAUAACUUCAUAAGUGGAGAACUGCCUCGGCAGCUUGUGAUUUCAUACUUGAAGGUCUUGGAUCUCAGCUACAACAAUCUGACAGGACCGAUCCCUAAAUAUCUCCUUUCCCUGGAAAGUGUCAACUUGUCAUAUAAUUCUCUAAAGGAUCCAAUUCCUGAACUUGCUAGUUACUGCUUCCCGCCUGAGUCAUUCAGGGGAGAUUUGGCAUUAGAGAGUAGUAAGCCUGAAGGAAUGUCUGAUGCUAAUUGGAAUAGGAUUCAGAAUAAAGCCGUUAGUACUAUUAGAUUGGCGCUAGAGAGUACUCCGAAGAGUUUGUGGGAUAAGCUUGAAGGCUUCUCUCCUCGCCCUCAAUCUCACACACAUGUUCGAAAAGCUUUGGAAAUCAUCCUUCCGGUAAUUGUUUUUAUUGCAUUCGUAUCAAGUGGAGUCGUGUUCGCCUUCAAAUGUAGACGCAAAAACGAUAAAUCUGAUCUGAAUGCAACAAGAAAUGGAGAUUUGUUCUCAAUAUGGAACUAUGAUGGGAGAAUUGCAUUUGAAGACAUCAUUGAAGCAACAGAAGACUUCGACGUUCGAUAUUGCAUUGGAACUGGCUGUUAUGGUAGUGUUUAUAGAGCACAAUUGCCAAGUGGGAAGGUCGUUGCCUUGAAGAAACUUCAUCGUCUAGAAGCAGAGGUGCCGGUUUUCGACAAGAGUUUCAGGAAUGAGGCAAAAUUGUUGACAGAAAUACGACACAAGAACAUUCUGAAGCUUCAUGGUUUUUGUCUCCAUAAACGUAGCAUGUUUUUGAUAAAUGAAUACAUGGACAGAGGAAGCUUAUUUUGUGUCUUGAGAAAUCAAAAUGAAGCUGUGGAGUUGGAUUGGAUCAAACGAGUAAACAUCAUUAAAGCAACUGCUCACGCUUUGUCUUACUUGCAUCAUGAUUACAAUCCACCAAUUUUUCAUCGAGACAUUUCGAGCAACAAUAUUCUGUUGAAUUCUGAUUUAGAGGCUUUUGUCUCUGACUUUGGCACAGCUAGACUCCUUGAUCCUGAUUCAUCCAAUCAAACAAUGCUUGUUGGAACAUUUGGAUAUGUUGCCCCAGAACGUGCCUACACUAUGAUCGUCACAGAAAAAUGUGAUGUCUAUAAUUUUGGUGUAUUAGCUUUGGAAACACUAAUGGGAAAGCAUCCAGGGGAGCUUUUAUCAUCACUAUCCUCACCAUCAGCUAAUUCCCACGAUAUAAUGUUGAGUGAUCUAUUAGUUCCACGCUUAUCACCUCCCAGGAAUCAGGUUGUAGCGGCAGACAUCGUCGUCGCUGCUACCCUAGCCUUGGCAUGCUUAGAUUUGAAGCCUAAAUCAAGACCAACGAUGAAGUGCGUGUCUCAAGUGUUUCUUUCUUGCCAAAGACCCUCGGCGAAGCCUCUGCAUACAAUCUCCCUGUUGCAACUCAAGGCCCAUGAAAUGUUCAUGGAAGGUGACGAUCAAAGUAGUCCACCACGAAUUUCAGGCCAAGAAAGCAAUUUGAUCAAUGUGUCUUCUUCAGCUUAAGCUCUAAUGCUACCAUAUUUUUGAAUGAUGCAUUUUUUACAAUUUGGUAUGUUCAGUUAGCUCUCUUAUUUACUUGAAAAUGGAGAUGAUAAAAAUGUUAAAAUGGUGUUUUAAAAAAUGGUUUCCAGCAAACUUACAUUCAAGUUGAAUUUCUUUACUUAUUAUCAAUUG